AUGGGCCGCAUAGAAGCUCUUACCCGCGCGCUUAAUAGCCUUCGGAAGGUGAGUGUUUGCAGGUUCUGCCCCGAGUGCGAGCGCGGCAGGCCAGUCAUGACCAUCUUAGCAAUUGCACAGGUUGGCAUACGCACGCGGACGGAGUCGGAGGAUGGUGACGGUUUCGGAAGAUGGGCUGGGCAGGGGGCGGCUGACAAGCAGAUUGGGACCUCCAAAGCGACGGUUUACGCAAGCCUGGCCGGCAGGAACCGAGCAUCUGAUGUUUGGCGCCAAAAAUCCCAGUACGAUGACGAGUAUCAGCGGUUCCUGGCGACGACGUGCGAGACCUCUCAGCAGGAAAGCGGAAAAAGGGACAUCGAUGAGGCGACCAGCGAGCGCCUCCAGGAUCAAAGGAGCCAGGAAGUUUAUUCACAACAACAGCAACUGCAGCAGCUGCAACAGCAACUGCAACAACAACAACAACAAAAGCGAAAGAUGCUAAAGCUUCCUUCAAAGCAGAAGUCUCAGUCGCACAUCGACACGGACAUAGCACACAGUAAGCGCUGGGCCCGUCACAGUAGCGUGACUUUGUACGCGAUGGACACGUGCGAUCCAACUCGUACGACAACGCCCCGCCAAAUCGCUACCCCUGGAGCCCAGGAAAGUGGCAGUACUCGCGCCGGCGGCCUCAUCGUCUGCGACUCGUCUCUGUGUCCAUCGUCCUUCCCGUACACACCAGAGUACGGUAACAGUACGGCUCGCCUGAGCCCGACAGUCAGCGGCAGUGGUUGCGCCACGCCUCGACAGGCGCUGCCGUCGCCCAUUGUCGGUCACGUGACCCGCACGAGGAGUUCCAUAGAUAACGCGGCGGCCUUCGCCUGGAUUGCCGGCUCGGCUGGCUCCGCCGCCACGGCAGCAUCCGCGGCCGCGGCCGCUCAACCCGCAGCCGCACCCCCUAGCGGGACAGCCUUCGGAGGCGGCCAUCCGCCAUCGCCGUCGGUGCUUUGCCGGAGCAGUACAAACGCCGUAGCAUCUGACUUUGUUGGCGGGGCCAGCACUAGCAGCGCCGGCGGGGCCAGUUGGAGUAACAGCAGUGGCGGCGGCGGCGGCAUCUCGGCCGCCACAGGUGGCGGCGGCUUCCUCCGCCGGCAGGGUUCGAUAUUGAAUACCGCCGACGCCGCCGUCGCCCUUGGCGCCACCGUAGCGGCUACUGCCACGCCUGUCUGCGGGGCGUGCAACAGCAGCAGUAGCAGCAGCGUGGGACCUGGCGGCGCCGUGUCAGGCUCGGUAUCUGUCGUACGUUUGCCGUCCCUCCGUCAGGUGUCAGUGCCGUUGGGGCCGACGCCACAACCGCAGCAGCAGCAGCAGCAGCCGCAGCAACAGCCCGUGGUCGGUUAUGGGUUUGGGAGGGUGCUCCGUCCUGCCACCUGCGGCGUCAGCAGCACGACAAUCGAUGGCGCACGGCAGCAGCACCAGCCGCAGCCCCCCCCGACUCCACCGCCGACACAGCACGUGGCGCAGUUAGCAUCGCAGCAGCAGUCUGCGCUGCAGCAGACACAGCAGCAGACGCAUUCCCAAAAAGCCGGGGGGGGCUCGGAGCAGCCACAACCGCGCCACCAGGCCGCCGCCGCCGCCGCCGCCGCCGGAGGCGACUCUCCCGACAUUCAUCGCCACUGCAGGGAGCAGCAAGCAGCCGCCGCCGCCGCCGCACAUCCCGCCGCCGGGGCACCACCGCCCAGUGGCCGCCGCAGCGGAAGUACGACAGGGCUGCCAUCAUGUACAACUAGCCCAGCGCUGCUGUACAGCAUGGCGGCGCCAGCUGCACCGCCGUCGGCCCCGACAGCGCAACAGGGAUUGCUCCCCCGAGGCUUCUCCGCGCAGUCGCUGAUGGCCAUGUUUGACGCGGGAGAUCUGUCGUACUGUAACCCGGAUUGCGACGACGAAAUGGCGCAGAUCCUGGACGAGCUCGUACAGUCUAACCGUGUACGGAGCGGCAGUGGCGGCAGCUUUACGCGGGGUACUGGUGCUGUCGGCCGACCGCCGUCAUCAGCUGGCCUGUCGUACCUUGGACCGGCAGCAGCAGCAGCGGGUGGCGGAGGUGGAGGCGGUGGCGGCAGAGGUGGCGGCGUGCCCCCGGCGGCCCCAUACGGUCCGCGCGACGUACUGGGCCCUAUGGCCGCAUCCAGUGGUAAAUCCGUCCUGGUCGGCAGCGUAGCGGAGCCCUCCACGAGCCCGAGCGUUACGGAGGCCGGCUCGCUACCGGUUAUCCUGGCGAGUUCCGGAGGGGCCGGCGGCGGCGCAUGCAGCGGCCGACGUGGCAGUGCCGUCGCCGCGUCGGGUAGCUAUCCCGGCGGCGGAGGUGGCGUCAGCAACCGUGGCUCAGAUUCCUUGCUGCCGAGGCUGCCUGGGUCCGGCGCGAUGUACGGCAGCGGCAGUGCCGUCGGUGGCGCUGGCGGACAUCCGGGGUUGCACAGCGGUCUUUCAGCAUCUACCUCCGCCGCCGCCGCCGUCGUCGCCGCCGCCGCCACCGCUCCAGCAAGCGGCAUGUCAUCACCAUGUGCGAGCCCCCGCAGCUUCCGUCGUUCGUCGAAUACGUCGUACGGCAUUGGCGGCGGCGUGGGGUGCUGUGGUAGCGUUGGAGGUGGAGGCAGCUUACUUGGGGAUUUGGAUACGCGGGCGGUCUUGGAAACGACGGACGAGGCCGCCGUCGCCGUCGCCGCCAGCUGCACCCCCAGGUACCCCGGGCCCGGGUCCUUCCGUCGGAGCAGUCAACUGCUGCUGCAGGCCGCCGGGCGCCGGACGUCAUCGGGGCUGUCCACUAACACGCUGCCGCCGCCACAACCGCCACAACUGCCACAACCGCCAACGGCGGCAACGUCAACCGCGGCGGCGGCAGCGGCGACGACGAGGGGGGAACAAACAAGGGACGCGUCGUACACUGUACGGAGUGCCAAUGCACUAUGA